CAUUCUGGGGUUCGUUUAGAGGUUUCAAUUUUCUCGGAGAAAGACAGGCCGGCCACGAGGAAAACAGAAACAAGCCGCAGCAACAUCUAAGCCCUUGAAAGGAUCCUGAGAGGGGGGAAAGGGAAAUCAGCAGCCACCAGCCCAACCACUUGUGUCUUCUGCCCCUUCCCACCUGUCUUGCCCACCCCACCAGCCCACGCUGCUUGGGACUUGAAAUCUGUGGCCGAAGGACCGUCACCACAUAACUUCAAAAACAAUCAACCACCCUCCCUUUCCAAACCCACCCAAAUUCACUCAUCCAGCGUUUACUUUUUUGAAUCCACUCAGAAUUUUUUUUCUACGACCCCCCUCCCUAAAUGGAGUUGGGGGGGGGGGGUAAUGAAUACUGAGUUGGCCUUUAUUUUUUAAGAGACUUUUUGAUCCAAUGAGGCCCCCCAAAUAAUUGAGUUUUGGGUCCUGGUUGGUUGUUUUUUUUUCCUCCAAAAUUUUACCCCUCCCCCCUGAGCCCGAGGUGCUGACGUCGCAAAAAAUUUGGAUAAAACCACAGCCAUGGGUUCGGGUCCCAUAGACCCCAAAGAGCUUCUUAAAGGCCUGGAUAGCUUCCUUAACCGAGAUGGGGAAGUCAAGAGUGUGGAUGGGAUUUCCAAGAUCUUCAGUCUGAUGAAGGAAGCACGAAAGAUGGUGAGUCGAUGCACUUACUUGAACAUUCUCCUGCAGACCCGUUCAUCAGAAAUACUGGUCAAGUUUAUUGACGUUGGUGGUUACAAACUUCUUAACAAUUGGCUGACAUAUUCAAAGACAACCAACAACAUUCCCCUCCUCCAGCAAAUUCUGCUGACCCUGCAGCACCUACCGCUCACUGUGGACCAUCUCAAGCAGAACAACACAGCCAAACUGGUGAAGCAACUGAGCAAGUCCGGUGAGGAUGAAGAGCUCCGGAAAUUGGCCUCAGUCCUGGUCAGCGACUGGAUGGCUGUCAUCCGCUCCCAGAGCAGUACCCAGCCUGCUGAGAAAGAUAAGAAGAAACGUAAAGAAGAGGGAAAGAGUCGAACCACCCCUCCAGAGCGACCUUUGACUGAGGUAAAGGCUGAGUCCCGGUCUGAGGAGGCCCCAGAGAAGAAAAAGGAGAAGCCCAAGUCUCUUCGAACCACAGCCCCGAGUCACGCCAAGUUCCGUUCCACUGGACUGGAGCUGGAGACGCCGUCCUUGGUGCCUGUGAAGAAGAACGCCAGCGCGGUGGUGGUUUCUGACAAGUACAACCUUAAGCCUAUUCCCCUCAAGCGCCAGAGCUCGGCAGCUGCUCCAGGGGAUGCUGCGCUCCCUGCGGAGAAGAAGUACAAGCCACUCAACACCACACCUAACGCCACCAAAGAAAUCAAAGUGAAGAUCAUCCCGCCACAGCCCAUGGAAGGCCUGGGCUUUCUGGAUGCUCUCAAUUCAGCCCCUGUUCCAGGCAUCAAAAUUAAGAAGAAGAAGAAGGUGCUCUCACCUACAGCUGCCAAGCCAAGCCCCUUUGAAGGGAAAACAAGCACAGAACCAAGCACAGCCAAACCUUCCUCCCCAGAACCGGCACCUCCUUCUGAGGCUAUGGACACAGACCGCCCAGGCACCCCGGUGCCCCCUGUUGAAGUCCCAGAGCUCAUGGAUGCAGCCUCUUUGGAACCAGGGGCUCUGGACGCAAAGCCAGUGGAGAGUCCUGGAGAUCCCAACCAGCUGACCCGGAAGGGCAGGAAGAGGAAGACCGUGACGUGGCCUGAGGAGGGCAAACUGAGAGAGUAUUUCUAUUUUGAACUGGAUGAAACUGAACGAGUAAAUGUGAAUAAGAUCAAGGACUUUGGGGAGGCGGCCAAGCGAGAGAUACUGUCAGACCGGCAUGCGUUUGAGACAGCCCGGCGUCUGAGCCAUGACAACAUGGAGGAGAAGGUGCCCUGGGUGUGUCCCCGGCCCCUGGUUCUGCCCUCACCUCUUGUCACCCCUGGAAGCAACAGCCAGGAGCGCUAUAUCCAGGCUGAGCGGGAGAAAGGAAUCCUUCAGGAGCUCUUCCUAAACAAGGAGAGUCCUCACGAGCCUGACCCGGAGCCCUAUGAACCCGUACCCCCUAAGCUCAUCCCGCUAGAUGAGGAGUGUUCCAUGGAUGAGACCCCAUACGUUGAGACGCUGGAACCUGGGGGGUCAGGUGGCUCACCUGAUGGGGCAGGAGGCUCCAAGUUGCCUCCUGUUCUGGCCAAUCUUAUGGGAAGCAUGGGUGCUGGGAAGAGCCCCCAGGGCCCUGGAGGAGGAGGCAUUAACGUCCAGGAGAUCCUUACCUCCAUAAUGGGUAGCCCAAACAGUCAUCCCUCAGAGGAACUACUGAAACAGCCAGACUAUUCAGACAAGAUCAAGCAGAUGCUGGUGCCACAUGGACUCCUAGGCCCUGGUCCAAUAGCCAAUGGUUUCCCACCGGGAGGCCCUGGGGGCCCCAAGGCCAUGCAGCACUUCCCUCCUGGACCUGGGGGACCUAUGCCAGGUCCUCAUGGAGGCCCUAGCGGGCCUGUGGGUCCACGUCUCCUAGGUCCCCCCCCACCUCCCCGUGGUGGUGAUCCCUUCUGGGAUGGCCCGGGUGACCCUAUGCGGGGCGGCCCAAUGCGGGGGGGUCCAGGACCUGGUCCUGGCCCAUACCAUAGAGGCCGAGGUGGCCGAGGAGGAAAUGAACCCCUUCCACCUCCUCCAUUUCGAGGGGCCAGAGGAGGUCGCUCUGGAGGAGGACCUUCAAAUGGACGAGGGGGCCCCGGCGGCAUGGUUGGAGGUGCUGGACAUCGUCCCCAUGAAGUCCCUGGCAGUGGCAUGGGUGGCAGCAGUGGCCAUCGUCCCCAUGAAGGCCCUAGCAGUGGCAUGGGUGGUGGCAGUGGCCAUCGUCCCCAUGAAGGCCCUAGCAGUGGCAUGGGUGGUGGCAGUGGCCAUCGUCCCCAUGAAGGCCCUGGCGGAGGAAUGGGUGCUGGUGGGGGACAUCGCCCCCAUGAAGGCCCUGGACAUGGGGGACCCCAUGGUCACCGGCCUCAUGAUGUCCCUGGUCACCGAGGCCACGACCAUCGAGGGCCACCUCCUCAUGAGCACCGUGGCCAUGAUGGCCCUGGCCACGGGGGAGGGGGCCACCGAGGGCACGAUGGAGGCCACAGCCAUGGAGGAGACAUGUCAAACCGCCCCGUCUGCCGACAUUUCAUGAUGAAGGGCAACUGCCGCUAUGAAAACAACUGUGCCUUCUACCACCCGGGUGUCAAUGGGCCCCCCCUGCCAUAGGGACGGCCUGCUGCCCUGCCCACACACCCCCUGUGGACUGCAGCCUUGCUCCUUCCACCGUUUUAUGGCUUCUGUGAGGCCCGUUUGCCCUUCCCCAGCUGACAUGGAGCCGGCCCCUCAGUUCCCACCUGCUGGGGUUCCUGGGGGUUUUCCAAUCACUGGUGCGCAUUGAUGUACAUAUUUUCCUCCAGUCUGGGGAGGAGAGAGACUGGACACGCUCUGUACCCUGGACUGCUGAAGAGGAGACCCCAGUUGGCUUCACUUUUUGAGGAGAUUCACCCUGUACCCCAAAUCCCUUCCCAGUAUUACCCUUACGCCCGAGAACCUCACGCUGGUUAUCCUGGAGAACCCCUCUACUCCUCUCGUGGGUCCUCCGCCUGCACACACAACUCCAACACAGGGUCAGCUGCACGUGGGAAAUCAUCCCAGCCAAGUUCAUUCUGCCGCACAGGGUGGGGAGGUGGAGAAGGGUAUUGUAUGUGCCGUGCACCAAGAGGGCUCCAUCAGGCUGGGUUCGAGCUCCAGAACACACAUCGCCUCUCCCCUGACGCGAGCUCUGCAUUCUGAGUCCUUUCUCACAUAAGACUUUGCAACCUUCUGUGAACACCCAGGUCUGCAUCAUGGGUUUGCUACGUUCCAUGAUGGCAAAUCCAUGUUUGCGUCCAGUGAAAGUUUAAGCUGGCAUCAAUGAGGCCUGUGGUGUCAGCCCACCCUUGCCAACUGCAGCCACUCUGGAAACUUCAUAAAAUCCUUCAGUGAGACCAGCUGCUCAUCAACUGGUGCCCAGCACGCUGGGCCUGACAGUCACACUACAUGCACUGCCUUUGGGAGUUAGCUUGCUCCUUGCCCCCACCUGGAACCUUGUCAGUGUGAGGCUUCCAGAAACCUUGCUCUGUCAGCCACUUCCGAAUCCCCACCAGGUGCCUUCCUGGUGGGUUCAGCAAGAUGAUUUUGCCCUGUCCCAGUCCUCUCCUUCACCUGUCUUGGCAUCAGUUGUUUUCUAUGAAAACAGUGGAGUGGUUGGGUUUUGUGCAGGGUCUUGGGUUAUCGCCACAAUGGAUUUGAGGAUGAGUUUUUUCUUUUUCUUUUGGUUUUUGUAUAUUUUGUACAUUAAUAAUAAACAGUGGAAAGAGAAGCAGCUUAUUUAA